AUGUUAUUAUUACAAAAUAUUUAUUUAAAUAAAUUUUUAUUAUUUUCUUCUAUAAUUUAUUUAAUUUAUUUAAAUAAUUCCGUUUAUUCAAUUUUUGAAUGUGCCCCACAAGAGACAGCAACUUUUGUCAGAAUUUCUCGUGCUCGUUUAGAUGGAACGCCUUUAGUUGUUUCUACUGCAGGGCACGAUUUAACUUGUUCUCAAUAUUGUCGAAAUAAUAUAGAACCGACAACUGGGGCUCAAAGAUUAUGUGCUUCUUUUAAUUUUGAUGGAAGGGAAACUUGCUAUUUUUUUGAUGAUGCUGCUGCUCCAUCAGCAGGCCAAGCAGAAUUAAAUCCAAAUCCAUCAGCCAAUAAUUUUUAUUACGAAAAGACUUGUUUGCCUGCAGUAAAUGCUCACGAAGCAUGUACUUAUAGAUCGUUUUCUUUUGAAAGAAUAAGAAAAACUUCACUUGAGGGUUUUGUAAAGAAAAGUAUUCAAGUUGCAAGUCGCGAACAAUGUUUAAGUGCUUGUUUAAAAGAAAAAGAAUUUAUUUGUCGUUCAGUUAAUUAUAAUUAUGAUACUUAUGCUUGUGAAAUGAGUAUUGAAGAUAGACGAUCGAAACCAACACAUUUGAGAAUGACUGUAGACCAGCCUGUUGAUUAUUUCGAUAAUAAUUGUUUAAAUCGCCAAAAUCGUUGCAGCCAGCAAGGAGGAAAUUUGGUAUUUGUUAAAACAACACAAUUUGAAAUUAAAUAUUAUGACCAUACACAAUCAGUAGAACCACAAGAAUCUAAUUGUUUACAAAAAUGUCUAGAUUCAUUAAAUACUUUUUGCCGUUCUGUAGAAUUUUCUCCAAACGAGAAAAAUUGUAUAGUUAGCGAUGAAGAUACUUUUUCGAGGGCUGAUCAACAAGGGGCUGUUCAAAAUAAAGAUUAUUAUGAACCUAUUUGUGUUUCUGCCGACCUAAGUUCAUCAACCUGCCGUCAACAAGCAGCAUUCAAUCGUUUUAUUGGCGUCUCUAUUGAAGGACAACCUGUAGCAACAGCUCAAGGAGUAACUAUUGCGGAUUGUGUUUCUCUUUGUUUCCAAAAUUUGAAUUGUAAAUCUCUCAACUUUGACCGUACACAAAGUACUUGCCAUAUAUUCGCUGUUGGACAAGCAAACGCUAAUGUUAAGAAGAAUCCUUCUGUUGACUUUUAUGAAUUUAAUUGUGAAUCCCAAUUUGGAGGAAUGGCACUUUGCACAAAUGAAGGAAUUAGAUUUAUAGUAAAUACAAAAGAGCCUUAUACUGGAGCUAUUUACGCAGCAGAAAAAUUCAGUACAUGCUCGCAAGUUGUUGAAAAUGCUAAACAAAUAUCUAUUACUUUCCCACCUCCAAAUAUUUCGCCCAAUUGUGGAACUACAAUUAAAGACGGAAAAUUGGAAGCUUUAGUUGUUGUCUCAUUAGACGGAGUUCUUCCACAUCAAGUCACCACAGAAUGGGAUCGUUUCUAUCGAGUAUCUUGUGAUGUCAGUAUGAAUUUGGAGAAAAUGUUGGAAAAGCGAGAACAGGGAAUUGAAGGGACCGUUUUGGUUACUACGAUAUUUGAGACUAAAGAAGUAGAACCACAAAUUCUCGACGCCGGCACUCCCCCUCCAAUUACGGCAACACUUUCAUUUUUGGACGCUGACGGUCAACCAUUACAACAGGCUUCAAUUGGAGAUCCAUUAUUUAUGGUUGUUAGUAGUGAACAAGCUGGACCACAUAAUAUGAUGCUGGCUGAAUGUACAGCAACAAGAGUUGGUGGGGAAGGAGAAGCUGUUCCCUUCACUAUUAUUGAUAAUGGAUGUCCACGUUACCCAGCUUUGUGCGGUCCAGUUGAGCAAGAUUUUGAGAAAAACAGACUAAAGGCAGAUCUGAAAGCGUUUCGUUUGGAUGGAUCUUAUGAUGUCCAAAUUCAGUGUACUGUUAUGUUUUGUGCUGGACCGAAUGGCUGUCCUCCUAGUAAUUGUCUCGAUUCUGGCACCAACGAUUUGUUCCUCUCCCAUGGCCGUAAAAAGAGACAUAGUAACACAAUUGGAUCAUCUUCCAACGAUGCAAACAGUGAAAAAACUCUUUCAGCAAUAAUUCGUGUUUUGGCAGAUGGGGAAAUGGAAGAAGAAGUUGAACGUUUUUAUAAUCAAACAUUGGAAGGGAAAAUAAUUAAUAGCAAUAAAAGUAGAAUUAAUGAUUAUUUGCCAGAGAAGGAAGUAAUUGACCAUAACCUUGUUUGUAUGGCAGAUUCUGUUUUCCUUUCAAUUGUGGCAUCAAUGUCUAUGAUUUGCCUUCUACUAUCAGCAUUAAUUGUUAUUUGGGGAUGUUAUUGGCUACAAACAGAAAAUAAAGAUAAUGAAAAUAGAAAAUCUUAA